ACUACGUGAAUUUUCACCUGACACUUUUGUCCAAAGCGACGUACAAGGGAGGAUGUGUACCUGAGUGGCUGUGUGGGACUGCAGGAGGAGCUAAUAUUUGAGUUAUGAUGGUAUAUAGCUGUGUGUGGGGCCUCAUAUUCUCUCAGGCUGCUCUUUUGGGUCUUAAGAGGAGCCGUCAAUAAAUCACCAUGAAGAUCAUUCUGCUCCUCUCUCUUGCUGUUCUGCUCUCCCAGGGAUACGCCAACUCUUUGGACUCCUGCCAGGGUCGCUGUGGUCAUGAAACUGAUCUACGAUACACCUGCCAGUGUGACUCCUGUGAGCGCUAUGGCGACUGUUGCCAUGAUUACCUGACCAUCUGCAAAGAUUUUUCUGUAGGUUCCUUGUCCUGUGGAGGCCGUUGUGGUGAGAAGUACAACUCCCAGAACAGAUGCCACUGCAACACUGAGUGCGGCAGACACAACAACUGCUGCAGCGACUUCACAGACCUCUGUACAUCAGGUUCCUUGUCUUGCAAAGGUCGUUGUGGUGAGAAGUAUAAUUCCCAGAACAGAUGCCACUGCAACACUCAGUGCGGCAGACACAACAACUGCUGCAGCAACUUCAAAGAUUUGUGUGGAGAUGGGGGUUCUGGAGGAUCAGGUAGUGUGAUUUCAGACAGUGAGAUUGCUGCUCUCUCAGAGGUCCUCUACGCUCUUGACUCCAACAAAGCCUCCAUGUCGGAGGUGAUCCUGGACCGUCAGGCUCGCGUGCACAACUCCCAGACCAGCUCUCAGAAGGACCUCUCCCCUAACAAGCUGUUCCAGUUUGUGGAUGAGGCGUCUCUAUUCUCCAAGCCCUCUUAUGCUGCCUUUGUCUCUCUGCUGGACAACUACAACCGGAAAACAGGCACGACAGAGAACCUCAGCCCCCAGCAGCUGAAGGAGCAGGAGCGCUUUCUUACCGAGAGCAUCAGCAACACAGAGUUGGGCCAGGAGCUCUAUGGCUUCCUCUACACCAAAGGUGUGUACAAGUCUGAGGAGGAGUUCAAGUAUGAUCUGAAGAUGAUGUGGUUUGGACAGUACUCCCGCUCCAGUGGCAAGAUGGACUCCAGUGGCUUUGAGCACAUCUUCGCAGGGGAAAUAAAAAGUGGCAAGAUCUCCGGCUUCCACAACUGGCUGCAGUUCUACCUGCUGGAGAAGCAGGGUUUGCUUAACUACUAUAGCCACAGCUUCGACGGCCCUUGGCAGUCAUACCCUGAUGUGCUGGGGAUGCAGUUUAAGUGGGAUGGUUACUUCAAACAGGUGGGCUCGGCCAUCAUUGGUUGCAGCCCUGAGUUCGACCUGGCUAUGUACAGCCUCUGCUACAUAACCCGACCGGGCAAACGGUGUAAGCUGAGCGUGGGCGGCAAGCCCCUGAUUAUUCAGACGUACACCUGGGACAACUCCUCCUAUGGCAACGGCAAGAAGUACAUUGGCUCCGCCUUCCCUGCCACACCCUAGGAACUAAGGGAUGUGAUUGGUGCAGCAUUGUAAAGCAUUGUUGAUCCCCUGGCCAUAAACACAUAUACAUAAAUAAAUAAAAACAACAGUCAUCUAUAAUGUAUAA